AUGAGAUCAGUCAAACCCCUUCUACUAAGGCGGUACUCCCACAACCACCACGAGUCCUUCCUCAAGUGUGCCUUCCCCGGUGCGGGCGAGCGCGAGUCCUCGGUGAGUCCACGCGGUCGUGCGCCUCGGGUCCAGCACUCUCGGAGCGUCGAGGCGCUAUUAGCAAGCCGACUCGACGGGGCUUACUCCGAGUCCCGUGGUACAAGGUUUGAACCCGGCGUUCAGGCCCUCGCAACUGCCUUGUCUGCAAGCAAGUCGGUCGGGGCACCGCUGUGUGUACCGCGACGACUCCUUUAUAGCGCGUACGGUUUUGAUCUUUAUCGACAGAUUGCCGUUUCUGCCGGUGCCUCUCUCGUAUCAACAAGCCCCGAGCCGGCUGAAUACGUGCACGUGCUUCGCCCGACGGGUGGUCUGGCCCCUCUAGUUCGAGCUCUAGGUGGAUCAGCUCAGUGGAAGAGGAGGCUGCUCGCGUUUGUUCUUGAAAGCCAGUUGCUGUACGCUGCUCCCGUCUGGAUCCCUGCCGUUGUAGAAGUCGCCAGAAUUUGGGCGAUCUUGAUCCGUCCGCAGAGGACCGCCGCUUUGAGGGUAAUCCGGUCAUACCGUACCGUGUCGGACGAGGCCGCCCUGAUUAUGGCCUGCAUGCCGCCCGUUGACCUGCUGGGACUGGAGAGGCAGAGCAUCGGAUCCCGACUGCGUGCUGCGAUGGAACCCGGCGAACAACGGCCUCCCAAGGCAGUCGUGAAACACGAGGCAAGAAAAAACACGUUCGUCGUCUGGCAGGCGAGAUGGCGUGCUACCCUGAAGGCGGCCUGGACGCGCCGCGUCAUCCCUGACCUAUCAAGAUGGCUGGAAAGGACCGUCCCGUGGGUGCCUCUGACGUUUCACAUGACACAGGCACUCACGGGCCACGGCUGCUUCGGAUGGUACCUCCAUCGCAUGAACAGGGCCGUCAGCCCGCGCUGCUGGCAGUGCUCGGGCGAAUCAGACACCGGCGAAUACACCUUGUUCGAUUGCCCCCACUGGGACGGCUUUCGCGAACCCUUGAGCGCCAGGAUUGGCCAUCGACCGAGCAUCGACGACGUCCCGGACAUUAUUCUGCCGGUGGACGCUCACGGGUGGGACGCCAUCCUGAGUGAAGCCGAAGAGCAGUUUAGGUUAUUUUACGGCAUGGUGGAGAAUAUCCUUUCAGCUAAGGAAGAAGAAGAAAGAUGCAACAGGCUGUGAACGGACGGAAUUCACUAUAGCUAGGCAAUCAGGGAGAACGGAGCUACUAUUUAUUAAUAGUAUUAUAUUCGGGGCCAUGAAAAGUGGCGUGUGACCGACGCGAUCCAAGCGGUUAAAUCGUCUAAUGGGUUCUUAAACGGCUAAAACCAAUCGUCGCGCUUUUUUAAAAAUACUCGUUUUAUAAUAGCGCAAAAAGAACGCCGCAAAUUGAGAACCGCCGAUUGCUGGCCGUGUGUGGGUUGGGGUACAGUCAAGGUCACACGGCCGCCUUUGUUACCGUUACCGCUACGGCUACGGCCAAGGAUCGUAUCUUCACAAAACCCGCACACGUACGGAACGAAAAAGACACGUUCUACGCGAUAGAUUGGGAAACGUGUCGGAAGAACAUCUUAAAAGGCCGAAAAAUGGGCGUAAACGGUAAAACGGUAAUA